AUGGAAAUAGCCGGACGUCCUUACCCUGCUUGUAUGAUCCAAUUGGUUUCGAACAGCAAAGAUCAUUGGCCAUUGCUUCAGUUUGAAGCUGCUAUAUGGUUUCGGCCACCUCGAUUACUGGUGCACCGGAAGAUACUAGCUCAGUGCCGGUAGUACAGACAGGCUGAGCUUAAAUACCCUAUCAAUCUUCCCCGCCUAGGGACUCCACCAAAUGCCUGCAAGCGAUCCAUGACAACUACUCCACCGCAAUCUCUACAAUACACCCAUACUCUAGAAGGAAAAGAAAGAAAAAAAACCCCCCCAAGAAAAUACUGUAACAGCGAUGCCUCAAUUCGAAUCCACUUCCCCCCCAAUAGACCGUACUGUACCUCCCAUCCUCCAAUCUUUCAUACAGUGACCCCGCUCCUAACACCACGGUAAUAACAGUGCCAACGACAACCUCAAUAUGGCCCUGGAUUUUCCAAAACCCGACCUCAAAGCUAUCCCUUUCCCCCCCAUCCCGCGUCGGAUCCUUCGUCGAUGCUUCGAACGGGAAUGGCUUCACGCACCAUACCCUCCGCGACAAUUCCACAUACCUCUCUACGGCCCUCUGCAAAGCCCACAACCUACAGCCAAAUGAUGCCGUCAGCCUCUUCAGCACAAACACUAUAUACUACCCCGUCGCGGUUUUCGCGGCUCUGCGCGUUGGUGCCGUAGUCAGUGGUGUUAGCCCGGCCUACGGUGUUGACGAGAUGACAUAUGCGCUUAGAGUUGCCGGCGCAAAGUUCUUAUUCACGUUGCCGGGAAGUGUCGCUGUCGCGGUUGCGGCCGCGGGGAGAGUGGGGAUUCCCAGGGAGAGGAUAUUCCUACUGGAGGGGUCCGUCACAGGGUUCAAGAAUGUGCAGGAGCUGGUUGAGGUUGGGCGGGGGUAUACCGAUGUGGGGCAGGUUGGGGUUUUUGAGAUUCCCCGGGGGAAGACGAAUGGAGAGGUUGUGGGCUUUUUGGGCUUUAGCAGUGGGACUACGGGGUUACCGAAAGCUGUGAGUUCUUGCCGUAUAUUUCUUGGUCAGAGGGGAGGUUUUUUGUACUGACUGGGCGGGAAGGUUAUGAUUUCACACCAGAAUGUGAUUGCGCAGUGUUUGCAGGUGGUGCAAUUAACUACCCCUGAUCUAGACAGUGUUCUCGCAGCAUUGCCGUUCUUUCACAGUAUGUUUUGGCUUUUUUUUUUCAAAUUUCUUCUGUAUAUUAUACAUCUCUUCUCCAGCACACUGUGGUGAUCUCCGGAUUGGGUGCUGAUUUGAUUUACAGUAACGGGCAUAAUCCACCUUCUACAUCUCCCCCUCGUCCUGAAUGCUAGCGUAGUUGUAAUUCCCACGUUCACAAUCAGAGCCAUGCUCGAGGCAACCGUGAAAUUCAAACUUAUAGAGCUUCUGGUUGUGCCGCCAAUUCUCAUCCGACUUGUGCGUGAUCCAAUCGUGGACAUGUACGACCUCAGCCAUGUGCGUCGCUUCAGCACCGGAUCGGCGCCGCUAAGUCUGGAGAUUAUCAAGGAGCUCGCAGGGAAGUUCCCACAGGCGGGACUUAAACAUGGAUAUGGGAUGACCGAGAGCACGAGCUGCAUAACGAUGACGUUCCAGGAUUCGUACCCUUGGAAGUGGGCGCAUAGUGGUCUCUUCCCCUAUGAGAGAGUGAAUACAGUAACUCUCCGUGAUUCUCUGGCUAACGUUUGCGGGGUCGAUAGUGGGAAAAGUAUGUCCCAGCACAGUUAUCAAGAUCGUUGACGAGAACGGUAAUGAGCUUGGCAUCGAUCAGCCUGGAGAGGUCAGUUCUCACUUCUGCAAUCGUACUUUGCUCCAAGACAUCUUAACACUAUUAUCAGAUCCUCGCCAAAGGCCCCCAAUGCGCAAUGGGCUACCUCGACAACACCAAAGCCACUGCCGAAACCUUCGGCGAAGGCGGCUGGGUGCAUACCGGGGACAUUGGCACGAUCGAUGCCUACGGCAUGGUCCGAAUCUCCGACCGGAUAAAAGAGAUGAUCAAAGUCAACGGCGUAGCUGUUGCCCCCGCAGAACUUGAAGACCUCCUCCUCGGCCACCCGGCAGUCGAGGACUGUGCCGUGCUUGGCGUGCCCCAUGACACCAUGGGCGAGGUGCCCAGGGCCUAUGUGACGCUUAAACAAGCGUAUAGGCGUAGGGAUGAGAAGGCAAUGGAAGAGGAGAUCGCGGGGUUCGUCAAAAGGAGCAAGGGUGCGAAGUUGAAGUGGUUAAGGGGUGGCGUUAGGUUCCUGGAUGCGAUACCUAAAAGUCCCAGCGGCAAGAUCUUGCGCAAAGUGCUGAGGGAUGGCGGGAGCAAGGAACAGGAGGGGGGAAAGGUAAAGGCUAAGUUGUGA